AUGUUUGAAAAAUACCCUUGGGGUACACUUGCAGUUACGAAUGGAUUGCUCACGGCGGUCGCAGAUGGACUUGCUCAGACAUUUGAUCGGCGCUCUGAGGGUAAGCCGCUCUUAGAGUGGGACUUCCCCCGCUCAAGCCGCUUUCUUAUAUUUGGUUCAGCUAUGGCACCACUCUUAGCUGAGUGGAAUCAUUUCAUUGAACACAAGUUCCGUAUCCGCGGGGCUUCUGGCUCACUCAUUUGGAGCGGACUAAUGCGUCGAGUUAUGACUGACCAAAUUGUUUUUGCACCAUUUGGGCUUGCAUUAUUCGUUGGGGCUAUGGGAAUUAUGGAAGGCCGCCAUAGUUUCGAGACCCUAAAGGAAAAGUACAAUGAUGUGCGUAAGGAAAGCACUUAUUCCAGAUAUACAUUCCAGCUCUUUUAG